AUGAACGGCGCUCUUCUGGUCGCCUUCGCCGCUUCCAUCGGGAACUUCCUUCAGGGAUGGGACAAUGCCACCAUCGCCGGUAAUGACUGCGAUCUAUGCUCCUUUCUCGACCAUCUCCAGUGGCGUUUUCUCCCGCUCUGAAUUCAAACCCCUCGGCGACUGUUCCCUCCUCUUCCAGUGGCCGUUCUUUACAUCAAAAGAGAGUUCAGUCUGCAGAGCCAGCCGACGAUGGAGGGGCUGAUUGUCGCCAUGUCCCUCGUCGGCGCCACCAUCAUCACCACAUUCUCCGGCGCGGCAUCAGACUGGCUCGGCCGGAGGCCGAUGCUGAUAAUCUCCUCGAUUCUCUACUUCGCCGGUAGCCUGGUGAUGCUCUGGUCGCCGAGCGUCUAUAUCUUGCUCCUGGCGAGGCUUGUGGACGGGCUGGGGAUCGGCCUCGCUGUAACCCUAGUUCCGAUUUACAUCUCCGAGACCUCGCCAUCAGAGAUCAGAGGAUUCCUGAACACCUUCCCGCAGUUCAGCGGCUCCACCGGCAUGUUUCUCUCUUACUGUAUGGUGUUCGCGAUGUCGCUGAGGGAGAAUCCCAACUGGAGGCUGAUGCUCGGCGUCCUGUCCAUCCCCUCACUGCUCUACUUCCUGCUGGUGAUCUUCUUCCUCCCGGAGUCCCCGAGGUGGCUGGUGAGCAAAGGCCGGAUGCUCGAGGCCAAGCAGGUGCUGCAGAGAUUACGAGCCAGGGAAGACGUCUCCGGUAUCUCCAACUCCCAUCCUCCUCCGCAUCCAGCAUUCAGAUUCAGGUUCUCCAUUUCUGCGUAAUUGCAGGUCUGCCAUAUCAGCUUUUUCUUUUCUGCUGCAUCUGCAGGGGAGAUGGCGCUGUUGGUGGAGGGGUUGGGCGUGGGAGGGGAGACCUCCAUUGAAGAGUACAUCAUAGGGCCGGGGGCGGAGCUCGCCGGCGAGGAGGCGGCGGCGGGAGGGAAGGAGCAGAUGACGCUGUACGGCCCCGAGGAGGGACUCUCCUGGGUGGCCCGCCCCAUCGCCGGGCAGAGCGUCCUGGGCAUGGUGUCCCGCCAUGGCAGCAUAGCAAGCCAGGGUGCGUCGUCCUUCGUGGAUCCUCUGGUCACGCUCUUUGGGAGCGUCCACGAGAGGCUGCCAGAGAUGGGGAGCAUGAGGAGUACCCUCUUCCCCAACUUCGGCAGCAUGUUCAGCGUGGCGGAGCAACACCCGAAGGCGGCAGCGGACCAGUGGGACGAGGAGAGCUUGCAGAGGGAAGGGGAGGACUACCCCUCCGACGGCGACGGCGCUGGCGACGGCGACUUUGAGGACCCCCUGAGGAGCCCGCUGCUCUCCAGGCAGACCACCACCAUGGAAGGCAAGGACCUGGGCCUAGCGCCAGCGAGCGUCUCCGGCGUGCUCGGCAUGAGAAGGCGCAGCAGCCUCCUGCACGGCGGCGGCGGCGGCGAUGGGGAAGAGGCGGUGGGCAGCGCCGGCAUCGGCGGCGGCUGGCAGCUCGCGUGGCAGUGGGCGGAGAGGGAAGGCGUCGACGGCAAAAAGGAAGGAGGGUUCAAAAGGAUCUACCUCCACCAGGAGGACUAUCAGACCUCUCGCAGGGGCUCCGUCGUUUCCAUUCCGGGCGUUGACCUUCCCGCCGACGGAGAGUUCAUCCAGGCCGCCGCUCUGGUCAGCCAGCCCGCUCUCUACUCCCAGAAGCUCCUCGACGAGCAUCCCGUCGGCCCGGCCAUGGUCCACCCUUCGGAGACGGCCGCGAAGGGCCCCAUGUGGAAGGAUCUCUUCGAAGCAGGGGUCAGACACGCGCUGUUCGUCGGGAUCGGCAUUCAGAUUCUUCAGCAGGUGAAAACUUCUUUUCAUCUCCAACUAACUCGGGAUUUUUAGUCGUCUGCUGCUCCGUUCACCUUGAGUUUAUAUGCAGCAGUCUGUUUAAUAUUCGUUGACUUUCCGUGAAUCCCAUCCAUUUUCGUCGCAGUUGGCGAAGAAAGGUGUCUGCUUUUUGUUAAGUAAUCUUCUCUUUUUGCCGGGUGUAUCUGAAACAAAAAGGCUUUUUGUUUACUUCUGGGCGUAGCAGACACUUUUUCCCUUUUGGGUCCUUUUAGCGCCCGCAUUUGCGGCUGAAGCGCUGACUUUUGAUGAGCUCUUUCUUCUCCCUGGCCGGCGCAGUUCGCCGGCAUAAACGGGGUCCUGUACUACACCCCGCAGAUCCUGGAGCAGGCGGGCGUUGAAGUCCUCUUCUCCAACCUGGGCAUCGGCUCCGACGCCGCCUCCAUCCUCAUCAGCGCCCUCACCACGCUCCUCAUGCUCCCCUGCAUCGGUGUCGCCAUGAGGCUCAUGGACAUCGCCGGCCGACGGCAAGCCCUCUUCCUCCUUCCUCCUCCUUCCUCCUCCUUCCUACUCCUCUCUCCUCCUUCCUCCGCAAAACCCUAAUCAUCUGUGGGGCUUGUGGCUGGGUGUUGGGUGCCGCAGGCGGCUGCUACUGUCGACGAUCCCGGUGCUGAUCGCGUCGCUGGUGGUGCUGGUGUUGGCGAACGUGCUGAGCAUGGGGACGGUCCCCCACGCCGUGUUGUCCACAGUGAGCGUCGUGGUCUACUUCUGCUGCUUCGUGAUGGGGUUCGGACCGAUCCCCAACAUCCUCUGCGCCGAGAUCUUCCCGACGAGGGUGCGAGGAGUCUGCAUCGCCAUCUGCUCGCUCACCUUCUGGGUCGGCGACAUCAUCGUCACCUACUCGCUGCCGGUGAUGCUCAACUCCGUCGGCCUCGCCGGCGUCUUCGGCAUCUAUGCCAUCGUCUGCGCCGCCGCCUUCGUCUUCGUCUUCCUCAAAGUCCCCGAGACCAAGGGCAUGCCGCUCGAGGUCAUCAUCGAGUUCUUCUCCGUCGGCGCCAGGGCUGCGAGGAGCUGA